CCUCUGUCUGUGCCUCCUUCCCUGGAGCUGCCCAUCUUCCAGGAUCUUGCUGCCGUCUGUGUGCUCCUGGAUGUUGUGCUGUAUGCCUCAUGACUCACCCCAUGUCCUCUGUACCUGCAUGCACUUCCUCAUAGGGCAUUACCAGCCUCGGUGUUAUUGGGAUCACUAUCUCAGGUUCCAUAGGUUCCAGGGUGUGUGAGGCCACUUUUGCUGUGUUAGAUAAACUCCCUACUCGAUGGCAUGUGAGUGACUGGCACAGACGACGCAAUGCCAGCGCAGCUGGCACAAGCUUUGUAUGAUAAUGCAGCAGAGAGCCCUGAAGAGCUUAGCUUUCGCAAAGGUGACGUAAUGUUGGUCCUGGAACGAGAUGCUCCUUCCCUUGGUGGAUGGUGGCGUUGUUCUCUUAGAGGAAAACAAGGAAUUGCACCUGGAAAUCGAUUGCAACUUCUACCAGAGACAGACUCGCAGGAAAGUGAAUACCAGGCACCACGUCUCCUUGGAGCUGCCAUAGUGACCUCAAAGUCACAAAACCUAGAAGAGAAGCUAGAAAAUGUUAAGGAUAAGCCACCAAUUCCCUCAUGCGCUGAGGUAUAUCAGGUACCGUCUAUUGCACGCUUCUGCAUCUCGCCACCUACCACAUCUCUGGAUGACAUCUACAACUCUCCACGCCAGAUUGAAACGUCUAAACCCUGCCCACAGGAGGUUUAUGACAUGCCCUCAGCAUUGCUAAGGGAUGCACAGUCUAUAACAUAUGACAGCCCAGUGUUGCGAGUGAAAAAUGUUUCUGCACCCCCACCUGAGGAGAUUGCAGAAGAUAUAUAUGAUGUGCCUCCAACAUUCCAUAAUGUGGCGGUAGAGGAGACUGAGGAAGAUGAGGGGAUUUAUUCCAUGCCCUCUAACUUAAAACGGGUGUCAGGACUUCAAAAUCUGUAUGAAGCACCUGAAGAUAUUCUUAGUUGUGGUCAUCUACCAGAAACUCUUGACCCACCUCUGACCCAUCGUCUUUCAAUAUCCAGUACUGGCAGUGCUCGAUCGGCAGAUUCUGGAGGAAGUCGGGAGUCCAGUCUGCCAUCCCUCCUGUCUAGGGAUCCUCGUAAUGAUGGUCUUUGUACUAUGGAAGCAUUAAGAAUGUUGUACCAGGAACUACAAAGGACAAUAGUAAUUAUGAGGGAUGGGUUAGAAGAUGGUACAAGAAGAAUAUGUUUAGAAAAUCAAAGAACAGCUCAGGGAGUGGAAGCCCUGAAGGACUUUGUGGGCUUGGCACAGGUUGUUCUUCUAUACUCUUGCCAAGCCUCAGAUCCCUCAUUGCAUCGGGAACUCUCAGGACACCUAGAACAACUGGAGAAUGCAUUGCAGGCAUUACAGGAGGAAAGUACUGCAAUAUCAUUGGUAAAUUUAAUUCAAGAGCAGAGUGGGUAUAUUGUAGCACUGGUAAAUACCAAUGCUGGCCUUCUUUUCCCACGACCACGACUUUCUUCCAGUGAAAGCCUUUCCCGUCGUCCACUUCCUGCAAUACCCACCGCCUCCCCUGCUUCACACCGCAAAGGCAGCAUUCAGGACCGUCCAUUGCCCCCGCCACCUAUCAUGCAUCAACCUUCUGGUGAUCCUGGGGAGGAUGUGCACUGUGAAUAUGAGAGAAUUCAAUGCAGAGAAAAUCACUAUGUUCAUCUACAGGGUACUGUCAUUGCUCAUGCAGCACCAAAAUCCAAAGACCGACAGACAGACAUGGAACAGAGCCAUUCAGACGAGAGAAAGGCUGAAAUCUGUUCAGAGCCUUCAGAAGACGAUCAACAUUUGCUACGUUUUUAUGCAUCUCAAAGCGACGGACACCUCCGUACCCUCCAAGACUGUGUGGCCACCUUCCUGGGCAGUGCAAGCACACAACCCCCUCGUGUCUUUGUAGGGCAUGGAAAACAGUUGGUGAUUGCUGCACAUAAGCUGGUGUUCAUUAGUGACACACUUUGCAGGCUGCUUAGCUGUACCCAACUGCAAGCUAAGCUAGCAGGGGAAGGAGGAGCCCUAUGCCAAGCACUGAAGGAAGUUGUGCUGGCAACAAAGGAGGCAGCUGCAUUGUACCCUUCCCCCGAUGCACUCAAAGCUAUGGCAGUUAGUGUCUCUGUACUGUGUACCUGUGCUCAUAGCUUCACAGACCUUUUACAAAAGUUGGCUAGGUGAGGCACAGAGCUUGGUGCUAAACAUUUGGACAAGACCACAUUCUGAUUAUAUAGUGCCAAGGCAUUUUCAGGAAGCCAUGUGACUGCCAUGGACAGUUUGACUUUUUUCAAUAUUUAUUUUGUAACUAGAUACUGUUUCUGCUGUUGAAUUUAAAUAUAAAAAUAAAAUUACACUAGGAUAACUGGAUGCAGCAUAAA